AUGGUCACUAGCAAGGGUGCGCAAAGCAAGGGUCGCGCUCAGGAGACGGCACAGAGUAAUACCCUCUUCCACCAAGCUGAUGUCGAUUCCAGCUCCUCUGACGACGACAUACCAGCCGAACCCAUCCCGAAUCACAAACGAAGCCGGACCAUCCUGUUCACCGGUCCAACUCUUCGACCCACCAAGAGGCUGCGGAACUCGCGUGAAUACAUCCCUCUCUCCAAGAGGCUGAAGAGACCCCAAGUCCAAGAGCAAUCUGUCGAGGCCAAGGAAAUCCAGCAAGAUGACGAUAUCGACGAAGACGAAGACACACUUUUGCACAAGCGGAUUUUCGACGUGAUGAAUGCGUUUACGCAAUCACACGACCCUCCUCUUCCUCCCACCGAAUCCCAACCCAAGCCACAACCUUCAGCAGCUCCCGUGAAGCGUGGCAGAGGAAGACCUAGAAAACAUUCGCUGCCGGCGAUUGCACAGCACCAGCCAGCUUCCGGGAAACAACUAUCGGAGCGGGCAUUGGGACAAAUAGAGGCUCUAGCCCAAGAGACAUUGGAACCAGUCGAGGCAACCCAGGAAAGAGAUAAAAUGCGAGAUUCUGUGGAAGACGUGUACCAUACUGCGUACGAGGCAGUGCAACCAGCAGGAGACCAAGAGUCCCAGCUGCUGAAAGAUCUUGACGACAAUGUCAACAAUGAGAGGCAGCAAGAGGAGAUAAUUGUACAAGAGGAGGAGGUCAAACAAGAGGAGGAUGUCGAACAUAAGGUGUAUGCCGAACAGAAGGAGGAUGUCGAACAAGAGGAGGACACCGAAGAUGAGUUAGACUCCGAUUCUGAUGAAGAGCUUCCAUCGCUCUCUAAUUGGACGAAGCGGACGGAGAAACAAGCACCUUCUUCAGGCCAGCCAGAACUGCGUCCGGAGCAUGCGCGGCCAUCACCAGUUCUCGGUAGCGACCCCGCAGACGAGUUCGUGAAUGGGGACGAUGAUCUGUACGAAGUACAAACAGACACAGAGGAUGAGGCAAACAAUCAACCCCAUCGUGCCCCAUCAAAUCGACUUGACUCUCCACCCGAAGACUUGCUGUUUUUCCGAGCUCCAGGAAGUGUCGACGACUCAUACCAGGUUGAUAUACCUAGCAAUACUAUCAUGCCGCUGCCAAAUAUCAUGGGAAACCCUGGCUGGACGGGCCUCGGCAAAGAUUGGGCCGAGACCAUCGUACAGCCAUACCAAGACGAGACCCGAAAAUCAAUAACUACGCACGUGGUCAAGCACUUGUGCAAAAAACUCGACGAGAUCAAGGUCCUCCUUGAUCAAGCUCCCGGAGGAACGUCCCUUCCCAAGCAAAACACAUACCUACGAGGCGUACAGGAAGGGAUGAUCAAAAGCUUAAAGGCAAUUCAGGACAUUGUCUACAUGUGUGAGCAACAUCUGACCCCCAAUGGGGUGAUUGAGCCACGCUACCGCCAAUCACUGAGGCAAGACCUGUUUUUAUAUGGAAUUCCCAUGUUGGUUUUGGUUUUGUCGAGCGCGUACCAUCUUGGUAAAGUGAAUGGCGGAUAUAUUUUCGACUUUCCCCGAUCUGCUGUAUUCACUAGAAGCAGGGUGCAGUAUCUCGAUUUCAUUACCGGUUGGAUCAAGCGUCUAGGGACGAAGCUGGUACCCAAGGUUUCAGACGACGAGGACGAGCAUUUAGGCUACGUGGGAAGGUUCCAAACCAAGGUGCUGGAAAGGAAGAUCAUAGGAAACAGGCAGCAUUUCAUGAAGGUCCUCGGUUCCUGGGAGGAAACACUACGAGAAACCCUAAGCGACAUAGACGAUGCAGCAACACAACAAGCUGAAGACAUCGCCAGGAAAAUCGCCCGGGACAAAGCAAUCAAGAGGGAACGUCAGGCAGCCCAAGAAGCUGAGCGCGCCAAGAAGGAGGCUCAAUACAGAGCAUUCGUCUUAUCUACACAACGCCCCGGCUCGCAGCUGCAAUCUAGGGUACAACAGGGGCAAAGUGUAACACCCAGGUCUACGGCAAUACCGCGCUCUUCGGGGGUAGUACCAACAAUAGAACUGGCACCCGCACGUCACCACCAGCAGCAGCCUCUAGACAACCCCUACAAGCUUUGGUAUCCCAGAUGGUCGGAAGAGAAGAGGAGGUGGCUUUUGAAAGAGCUAAGGAGGGUUGGCCCUAGCGUCUCUGAUAUGGAGUACGAGGACUGGGCUGAUUGCCUGCGGAAGCCGAUAGAGGAAGUACGGCAUGAGGUGAAAAUACAUAGGGCGGCUGCGUUGGUAGUUGCCUCGAGGAGGGGAAAACAAGUCGAGUGGUGGGCGAGGGGUGUUGAUGAGUGA